CGCUAGGGGUGUGAACCCGGAAGCGAUUUCCUCGCCCCGGUAGCGGCGGGAUGGAAAUCUAAGGCCUUUGAAGACCUGGAAUCCCCUAGUUUCGGGAGAGGGUGAGGGUGUAUGGUGCUGAGGUGCGAGAAGAAGGACAGUAAAGAGGCGGUGGACAAGAGGUUCUGCAAGGCCAGAGACCUGAGCUCUCUAGGCGCGGGGUGGGGAGCGCGGCCGAACACACCGGGCGGCUUCUGGUGGCAACCGUGGGUUUUCCUGUCACAGGAAGUUGGGCCCGGCCGCUGGGAAGGAGAAGGGAAGGAGGAAUGAGAAAGCGAUGACGGUCCCCCGCCCCCCAGGUGACUGUCCCACCCAGUGAGUUGAAUGUAGCGGCCCGGGAGGCGCUCGGCCGCCCGCACGGGUGAGACCGCUCGGUUUCCUUGGGGGAAACGAGGAGGAACAAGAUCCAGACUGCAGCGAGAGAAAACGAGAGGUGGGACGCUGAACUAUCUCAUCUAGUUUCUCCAGCAAUGGGAAAUCCAGAAAAUAUAGAAGAUGCAUACGUUGCUGUUAUUCGUCCAAAGAAUACUGCCAGUCUCAAUUCUCGGGAAUACAGAGCUAAGUCAUAUGAAAUUUUGUUGCAUGAAGUUCCCAUUGAAGGACAGAAAAAAAAGAGAAAGAAAGUUUUGUUGGAAACUAAACUUCAAGGCAACAGUGAAAUAACACAAGGCAUAUUGGAUUAUGUAGUGGAAACCACCAAACCAAUUUCUCCUGCAAACCAGGGUAUCAGAGGAAAACGAGUGGUACUAAUGAAGAAAUUUCCUCUGGAUGGGGAGAAGAUGGGCAGAGAAGCAGCAUUAUUUAUUGUUCCAUCAGUUGUCAAAGAUAAUACUAAAUAUACAUAUACUCCAGGAUGCCCAAUUUUUUACUGCUUACAAGAUAUUAUGCGAGUCUGUAGUGAAUCCAGCACUCACUUUGCUACGCUUACAGCAAGGAUGUUAAUAGCCUUGGAUAAGUGGUUAGAUGAACGUCAUGCACAAUCUCACUUUAUUCCAGCUUUAUUCCGACCUUCUCCUCUUGAGCGGAUAAAAACUAAUGUCAUAAACCCUGCAUAUGCUACUGAAUCAGGUCAGACAGAAAACUCACUACAUAUGGGCUAUAGUGCACUAGAAAUAAAGAGUAAAAUGUUAGCCCUAGAGAAAGCAGAUACCUGUAUUUACAACCCUUUGUUUGGAUCAGAUCUUCAGUAUACAAACCGGGUAGAUAAAGUGGUAAUAAAUCCAUACUUUGGUCUAGGAGCUCCAGACUAUUCAAAAAUCCAAAUUCCCAAACAGGAAAAAUGGCAGAGAAGCAUGAGCAGUGUCACAGAAGACAAGGAACGACAGUGGGUAGAUGAUUUUCCUCUCCAUCGAAGUGCCUGUGAAGGAGAUUCAGAAUUACUAAGCCGUCUUCUCAAUGAAAGAUUUUCAGUCAACCAAUUAGAUAGUGACCACUGGGCACCCAUUCAUUAUGCAUGCUGGUAUGGAAAAGUUGAGGCCACUCGCAUAUUGUUAGAGAAAGGGAAGUGCAAUCCAAACCUUUUAAAUGGGCAGCUUAGUUCUCCUCUUCAUUUUGCUGCUGGAGGAGGACAUGCUGAAAUAGUACAGAUUCUCCUAAACCAUCCAGAAGUUGACAGACACAUAACAGACCAACAAGGAAGAUCCCCUUUAAAUAUUUGUGAAGAAAACAAACAAAAUAAUUGGGAAGAAGCUGCAAAAUUGUUGAAGGAAGCCAUUAACAAACCAUAUGAAAAAGUUCGAAUAUACAGAAUGGAUGGAUCAUACCGUUCUGUUGAACUGAAACAUGGAAAUAAUACAACAGUGCAGCAGAUAAUGGAAGGAAUGCGUCUCUCUCAAGAAACACAGCAAUAUUUCACUAUUUGGAUCUGUUCAGAAAACCUCAGCCUCCAACUCAAGCCUUAUCAUAAACCCUUGCAACAUGUUCGUGACUGGCCAGAAAUACUUGCUGAAUUGACUAAUUUGGAUCCCCAAAGGGAAACACCACAGCUUUUCCUAAGAAGAGAUGUGAGACUUCCUUUGGAAGUUGAAAAAAAGAUCGAAGACCCACUAGCUAUUCUUAUUCUCUUUGAUGAAGCCAGAUAUAAUUUAUUGAAGGGCUUUUAUACAGCUCCUGAUGCCAAACUAAUAACAUUGGCAAGUCUACUGUUGCAAAUAGUUUAUGGAAAUUAUGAGAGUAAGAAACACAAGCAAGGUUUCCUAAAUGAAGAAAAUCUAAAAUCUAUUGUACCUAUUACCAAAUUGAAAAGUAAGGCACCUCACUGGACAAACCGAAUACUUCAUGAAUACAAGAAUCUUAGUACAAGUGAAGGUGUCAGUAAAGAAAUGCAUCACCUUCAGCGCAUGUUCUUACAGAAUUGUUGGGAAAUUCCUACAUAUGGAGCAGCUUUUUUCACAGGACAGAUAUUUACAAAGGCAAGCCCCAGCAAUCAUAAAGUCAUCCCUGUGUACGUAGGAGUGAAUAUAAAAGGACUUCAUCUCCUCAACAUGGAAACUAAGGCUCUACUCAUCAGCCUUAAGUAUGGUUGUUUUAUGUGGCAAUUGGGAGAUGCUGAUACAUGCUUUCAGAUCCAUAGUAUGGAAAAUAAAAUGAGCUUUAUAGUACACACAAAACAGGCUGGCCUCGUGAUAAAACUGUUAAUGAAGCUAAAUGGACAAUUAAUGCCUACUGAAAGAAAUUCGUGAGCGGAAAGCAGCUGAUCCUUAAGCCACCACAGUUUGUGAUGCAGAUUUUUUCCAUGAAAGAUUUCUUAAACUAUUACAUUUAACAAGGCAUUUAGUCUCUUGUAAUAUAUAUGUAUAUUAUUACAUUGUACAGAAUCUGUACUUAUGUUUGGUGUGUAAUAUACCAAUUAGUUUUAUAUAAUAUUCUCAUAAGCUAUUCUAAUUUUUCAGAGAAACACACAAAAAGGUGUAGAUUGAUAGUCUGUAUAAUAUUAGACAAAAUAGUAAGCUUUAUAAAAAGUUAUUUUUGGUAAAUCGUAAAGAAUUUAGAGUGGAAUGUGAUGAAAUAAAAAUAUAGCUUUGCUAUGGCUUUGUGUGUCAUUUCAAAAUAUACUGAAAGUCAACAUGAUUUGAAUAAAGAAAAUAUAUUUUCUACUUAACCCAUAUAUAACACUGUUAUUGAAAACAUUUUUCUGUAAUCUAUGAAUAUUUCUCAAUAUGUUUUUAAAAGACUUAGUUAAAAUGUAUAACUGGUAUAAGCUAGUAUUUCUCAAAGUAUAGUUCUUAAACCCCCUGCGUCAUAAUUACCUGGGUGCUUCUUAAAAACGAGGAUUUCAGAGACUCUAGACGGGUUCAUUCACUCUCUGAAAGUAGCAAGGCCUAGAACUCUUUUCUGAAGUUUUGAUUUGCUUUCUGUUGAAAUAAUUCCAGACCCAAUAAUGAAUUUGGAUUAUUAAAAUUAAGUAAAUUACACAAAACUGCCUGGCACACAAGCACAUACGUGCAAAGACACAGAUUAAGUGACAAUCUCUGGAUAUUAGUUGCAUUUAUUAAGUACAUGUUGUAUUUUUAUGAGUUGGCUUAGUAAUUUAUUUAUAUUGGCUUUACAUUGUGGGAAGUAGAUCACCAAAUAUCUGGUUGUUUCAUUUAGGGGAAUACUGAUAGCACAGAUGAGGCGCUAACCUGCUUAAUCUGUUAUUUAAUAAACUUAGAAACCAGUCUUUC